CUAAAGCCUGACUUCAACCUUGCCCUUGAGAUCCAUGAAACACCCAAGAUCCUUGUAAUAAAACCCUUAUUUUAGCUUAAGUUCAUCUGAGUCUUCCACUUGCAACCAAAAUGAUCCUAAAGAGAAUGAUGAGGUUCUGAAGAGGCAGGCAGGGGGCUCCAUCCUGGGCCUGAGCUUAUGCUACCUUUUGGAGGAAGCAGCAGCACAGGGAAAGACUGUGACUUGCUUAGGGACUGCUAAAUGACCUUCAAAACCAAAGUGCAAGUUCAGGCCAGACCCCUGUGUGAGUGCCUGUCAGGGCUGAGCACAUGGAGGUCCUCGAGUAACUGUGCUUUGGAACACUGUCUUUAGAACUGAGUGGAAGAGCCUGGCAUCUAGCCAGAGCACUUAGAUAAUCUGAAGCAUUUUGGAGAAAUAAACUGGCUGUGCUGAGCUACUAUUAGCCUCCAGCAGGUGGAGGGGAGAGGACUGCAGGACUGAGGUCACGAUGAGCCCAUCCAAGGUCUCUGACUAUCCUCUCCGACCCUCAACCAAGCCCAAGUGACUGGCUGGGAAUCUGGGAAUCUGGUACCCUAAGGAAGAAUAUAAAUCCAGAUUGACACAGGGCAGAGUCUUAAGGCGGAGCCACAAACAAAAGCAGCAGGCUACUCAAGUUCCAAGAAGCCCAAGCUGACAAUUGAGAGGGACAGUUAUCUCGCCCAGAAGGCCCACAGGGCUUAGGGGUGGCACGGAGCCCUGAAGGUGGCAUCAGUGCACAGAAGCCGAGGAGUCUGCCGGCUGCCCUCAGUGGGUCCCGUCGCGGUGGUAGUGGACCAGGGUUCGGGUUUCACCAAGGCGGACUUCGCCCAUGAGGUCCAGCCGCGUAUCUUGUUGAAGAGUCUGAUGCCCAGCUGGGACUGGCCUGUGUUACCCGGUACGCCGGGCUGCGAGCUGGCAGGUGGCGUGGCCCGGGCACACGCCAUCAAGCACCGCGUGGUGGUGGACUGGGAGGCGCCGGAGGGGCUGUGGGAAGGCCUGCUGGUGGGUGGCCUGCUGGUGCACCCAGAGAAGUGGCCCAUGCUGGUGAGUGACUCCCCAUCGGCACCACCCGAGGGCCGAGAGAGAGUGGCUGAGCUGCUUGCUGUUCGAGGGCCUGGCGGUGCCUGCGUGCCACAUGGCCAGCACCGCCCUGCUGGCGCUCUGCUCCACCGGCGCGUUCAGUGGGCUGGCAGUGGAGGCAGGCACAGGCGUGUGCCACGCCACACCCAUCUACGCUGGUCACUUGUGGCACAAGGUCACCUUCCAUAUGAACAUGGCAGGCAGCACUCUGUCCCGCUUUCGAGACCUUCUGGUAGCAGCCCGCCCGGAUCUUCAACUGCCACGCAAGACCAUUACACAGCUUAAGAGGCGGUGCUGCUACGCGUCGCUGGAUUUCCAGGGCGAUAUCUCUGACCCUUCCUGCCACCAUAAGGCCUGCUUUUGUCUGGAUAAUGGUUGCUACCUGCAACUCGGCAGUGAGCGCUUCCGCUGCCCAUAAUCCAUCUUCCAGCCAAGUCUGCUAGACAAAGCUGGGCCAGGACUGCCCACGCUGGCCUUCCAGGCGUUCCAGAAGAUGCCCACAACACUGUGCCCACGACUGGCCAACACGGUGGUAGCCGGUGGUUCCACACUUUUCCCUGUCUUUGCGGGGCACAUGAAUCUGGAGCUGGAGGCCCAAUGCCAGAGGCACGGGUACCCGACCCUGCAGCCCCGCCUGGUGGCCAGGCCUGGGCCAGCCACAGCUGUGUGGACUGGAGGGUCCAUGGUGGCCUCCUUACACUCCUUCCAUGCUCGGGCCAUGUACCAGGAGUGUGGCUCCAGGCUGGUGCGGGAACUCUUCGAUUGAGUUAUAUUGGACUAGAAUGGAUGGUGCCACCUUGGCAGGGGCAGAAGCUGCAACUCUGUCCCAGCAUCAACAACCAGAUAAAUAGAUUCAGGUGUUUGCAGCUAGUAGGGUUAUGUGGGGAUGGGACACCUCUUUACCUUUCUAGCCAGGAGGUGGGUGGGAUCCAUUGGACCCUCAUUUUGCCUUCAGUUUGAAUCCCCAGACCACUGCCAGUUCAGAAAAUGCCAGUCCAGCUAGGCUCAAGGGACAACCCUUUGCAAAACUAACUCAUGUAAAAGCAACCAGAAGCCCUGUCCACAGCUGUGUUCUCAGGUGAUCUUUGACUCUAAAAGACUCAGUUUCCCCUUCUGUAAAACUCCAGCUCAGAGGGCUGGGUUAGAAGACUUGCCUUGGAUUCUAUCCUCAGUACCAAAAAGACAAAGUGGGGUCAGGCACAACCCCAGGCCUGUUUAUCACUCCCUGUAUAAGAAUUAUGGGCACAGGGACGGGGAGACAUUCCCUUUGUUUUUGAGACAGGG